AUGGCGCUACUCCAGCAAGACCAAUACCCCGCCGAGUUCGAUUACCAGUCCACGAGCCCGUCCACGAAGCCUCACAAUAUCGGCACGACCUCUGCCUUCGACACUUACGAAUUCAACGGAUUUAAGUCUCCUCCAUUCCCCCACACGUCGUCUUACAACGGCUCUUAUCAAAAUUCGCCGUACUCUGGUCAUUCAGAGCUAAGCUUUGACCCAGACGGUCCGGAAAACGUCGGUUUCGGCGAGGAGCUCAACGGGCUCAUGGCCGCCCGCGAAGAAUAUGACCCGUCGGAAUAUGAUCCGCCCAAUUCGUCUGCGUUGCUCAUGUUCGACGGCGAGUUUCUUGAUCCCAAUGGGGCUCCGGUGUCUGUUUCCGUCACACCAGCACCACUCAAUCAGCACUCUCCCCUUUCAUUCGACCACAGCUCCCCGUCUAGCAAUGGCGACGGAGCCCCGCGUAGCCGAACGUCGUCGGUAUCAUCGAACCACAAACCUCAAAUACACGCUGGUUCUUCUCCGCGGCUGGACAUGGCUCACUCAUUCGAAAAGCUUCACUUUGAAUCGCCUCACUGGCAGGCGAAUCAUCUCCCAGUUGACCGAGCCACUUCACCGCCGAAGAAGCCCCAAUCUCCUCCCCAGCUUCUGAUUCCAGACAGCAGUCCGUCCAUGUUUUCUCAGGAACCCCCGCUUAUCAAUGCCCCAGAGGGUGAUGGUGGGUUCAUGACGAGUGGGCCGCAGCUUCACAUCGUGCCUGCGACCCCCGUCAGUGGGGGUGGAGCUGCCUCGCAAUCUGUUCCUUUUCAGUCGACCUUAGAAACCCUUCAUCAAGGCAAGUAA